CGGGCAAGGGCGGGGGACACGAACCCAUGUCCCAUAUGCCUCGGACCAUUUGUUAACGCCUCCUAUCUCGACAUUUGUUUCCACAAGUUUUGUUACAGAUGUAUCACACAAUGGGUCAAAGUGGUGAAAGGCAAGCUCUCUCAGCCUCCAUCCUCUGUGAAAUGUCCUCUCUGUAAGACGGAGAACUUCUCUAUCAUCCACAACUAUAAUGGUGACUCUUUUGAGCGGCACCAUAUCAAUCAGAAUAUCGUACAUAGUUUCGUCCUCACGAAAGAACAUAGAUACAGGUUGCAGUGUUAUUACACCGAGCCAGGUUUCUUGACGGAUGUUUUUGACAUUCCCCGGUUCUGGAGGAUAAGGAAGUUUCUUCAGCCAAACAGGUGGCUUGAGUCUUGGUUGAAAAGAGAGCUUCAAGCUCUAAUGCAGGAGGAGAACGUAGAUGUCGUCCUGCAUCACUUACUUGGUGUGAUCCACUCCUUCUGCAAACGAACUGAACGCAGAGACAAGCAAGAAACAAGAAGUAUGGGGACAGAGCAGGAAGAAUUCAAGGGGGUGGUCUUGGACGCAGCGAGACCGUUCAUAAUGGGAAGAACAGAUCGGUUUGUGGACGAGAUAGAACUCUUUCUCGCAUCGGGUCUGAAUGUGGAGGCUUACGAUGCCGUGUAUAUGCAACGGUUGGGAUGGAACAGCCCCAGAGGAACCAUUGCUGUCGAAGAAAGAGAAGAACAGAACACAAGUACAGCAGUGACGCCAUACUUGUUCAUCUUCGAAGAGGAUGACUGACUGUGAUGAUGCAGACUGAGAUUACUUUCCGAUAAGCUUCCUGAGAUUUUUUCUUCAACAGGCUCUUGAAAUUUUCAGGCCAUUUUGAUGUAUAAAAUAUAAAUUACAUUUAGAGGUGAAUUUGUACUAUGCGUCGGACCUGGUUCCAGCUUCUUGGGAACUCAUGAGUCAGAGUGGGAUAUGUUUUGUAAUGAUUACAGACAAGGUCUUUUUAGUUGUGA